GAGCUGUCAUUUUUCUCCCCCAGCCGGUCUGCGUGUUGUGCAAAUUUCUGACGAAAUGUGCUAGUGGAAUUUAUAAGCAUAAAAUUGCCUAUUUUCCCGUAUUUUCAAGUUGAAGAGUCGUGUAUUCACCGGGAGUGACUAGUGCAUCGUUAAAGGGUUUGAUAUUGAGUGGUUUCCGGUUGAAAUCCAGUCGAUUGAAGACGCAUCGGGAUGAAUAAUAUAACGGCAGCAGAUCUGCACCGGCUUCCGGAAACGAUCAACUUUCCGGCCGAGGAGGAAAAAGUGCUUCGCUACUGGAAAGAUGAAAAGGUGUUCGAGACUUGUCUGAAGCAAUCGAAAGGCAAACCGAGGUACACCUUCUACGAUGGACCACCAUUCGCAACCGGACUACCCCACUACGGGCACAUCCUGGCCGGUACGGUGAAGGACAUCGUUACUCGGUACGCGCACCAGCAGGGCUACCACGUGGAGCGUCGCUUCGGCUGGGAUUGUCACGGUCUUCCGGUGGAGUACGAAAUCGACAAAACUCUUAACAUCCGCGGUCCGGACGAUGUGGCCAAGAUGGGCAUCGCCGCUUAUAAUGGCGAGUGUCGCAAGAUUGUGAUGCGAUAUGCCAACGAGUGGGAGGAGAUUGUCGGUCGGAUGGGGCGGUGGAUCGAUUUUAAGAACGAUUACAAGACGCUUUACCCGUGGUACAUGGAAUCGAUUUGGUGGGUUUUCAAGCAGCUAUACGUGAAGGGUUUGGUGUAUCAGGGCGUUAAAGUUAUGCCAUAUUCGACGGCUUGUACGACGGCGUUGUCUAACUUCGAAUCCGGACAGAACUAUAAGGAGGUAACCGACCCGGCGGUUUUCAUUUCCUUCCCGAUUGUUGGUGAUAAGGAUAAAGCUGCUUUGGUGGGCUGGACGACAACUCCGUGGACUUUGCCAUCCAACAUGGCUUGUUGCGUUCAUCCGGAGUUGAUCUACGCCAAGGUGAAAGAACUGAAGACGGGCAAUGUUUACGUGAUGAUGGAGUGUCGCAUUGAGUCGUUGUUCAAGGGACCGGAAAACUACGAAAUUUUGGAACGUUUCCCUGGCGCCAAGUUGGCCGGGUUGAAAUAUGAACCGCUGUUUGAUUACUUCCGAAAAUACGACAAGGUGGCUUUCCGGGUGCUAACAGAUGGAUACGUUACUGAAGAAUCUGGUACAGGUGUUGUUCACCAAGCUCCUUACUUUGGUGAAGACGAUUACCGCGUCUGUUUAGCAAAUGGUGUGAUCACCAGAGAUCAGGAGAUUGUGUGCCCGGUUGAUCCCAGCGGCAAAUUUGUCGAUCCGGUUACCGAUUUUUGUGGCCAGUACGUGAAGGAUGCCGAUAAAAAUAUCAUAAAGUUGUUGAAGGAAAAGAGUCGCUUGGUGCUGGCUAGCCAAGUUAAGCACAACUAUCCGUUUUGCUGGCGAUCGGAUACACCGCUGAUCUAUCGCGCUGUUCCUUCUUGGUUUGUUCGGGUAGAACACAUGACUAAACAGCUGCUGAAUUGCAGUUCGCAGACCUAUUGGGUUCCGGAUUACGUGAAGGAGAAACGAUUUGGUAACUGGCUUCGGGAUGCCCGCGACUGGGCCAUCAGUCGUAAUCGCUACUGGGGUACACCGAUGCCAUUGUGGAUCUCUCCUGAUGGACAGGAAGUCGUUUGCAUCGGAAGCAUUGAAGAGCUGGAGAAGUAUUCGGGAAUUCGUGUUAACGAUCUUCAUCGAGAGAGCAUCGAUCAUAUCGAAAUUCCGUCAGCCAUCCCGGGAAAUCCUCCGCUCCGUAGGGUUCCAGAAGUUUUCGAUUGCUGGUUCGAGUCCGGAUCUAUGCCUUUCGCUCAGAAUCAUUACCCAUUCGAGAAUGCUUCUGACUUCUUGACCAACAACUUCCCAGCUGACUUCAUCGCUGAAGGUAUCGAUCAAACCCGUGGUUGGUUCUACACUUUGCUCGUCGUUUCGACGGCUUUAUUCAACAAGCCACCGUUCAAGAAUUUGAAUUGUACCGGUCUUGUGCUGGCAGCCGAUGGUCAAAAAAUGAGCAAGCGAAAGAAGAACUACCCGGAUCCCAUGGAGGUGGUCAACAAGUACGGUGCCGAUGCUUUGCGUCUGUACUUGAUCAAUUCUCCGGUGGUGCGAGCUGAAAAUUUGCGCUUCAAGGAAGAAGGCGUCAAGGACAUUAUCAAGGACGUUUUCCUGCCGUGGUUCAAUGCUUUCCGAUUUCUGUUGCAGAACAUCGAUCGCUUCGAGAAGGAAGAUAAAGUGGUUUAUCGUUAUGAUGCAGUGAGACACGCAGAAAAACGAUCCACCAACGUGAUGGAUGUUUGGAUUACUUCGUUCAAGGAAUCGCUACUGGAAUUUGUGUCCACUGAGAUGAAGGCUUACCAUCUUUAUACUGUUGUACCGAGGCUGACCAAGUUUAUCGAUCAGCUAACCAACUGGUACGUACGAAUGAAUCGUAAGCGCAUUAAGGGCGAGUUUGGUGUUGAAGAUUGCUAUCAUGCGCUGGACACUUUGUACGAUGUUUUACUAGCCAUGGUUAAGAUGAUGGCUCCAUUCACGCCGUAUUUAACCGAGUUCAUGUUCCAACGUUUGAGACUUUUGAACAAGGAGAAAAUCGAGGGAAGCGUUCACUUCCAAAUGAUGCCAACUUCUAUCAAAAAGUACAUCAAUGAACCGAUCGAAAGGGCCGUAUCACGGAUGCAGGCCGUUGUCGAGCUGGGAAGAGUCAUGCGCGAUAGAAGAACCGUCCCGAUUAAGUAUCCAUUGACGGAAGUCAUCGUUAUUCAUCAGAGUCAGGAAUAUCUGGAUGACAUCAAGUCUUUGCAGAAUUUUAUCUUGGAUGAGUUGAACGUGAGAAAAAUCACUCUCAGUUCCGAUAAGCAAUAUGGCGUCAAAUUGCGUGCUGAACCGGAUCACAAGGUUCUGGGAAUUCGUUUGAAGAAUGAUUUCAAACAAGUUAUUCAAGCUGUUAAGGCCUUAACUGACGAACAAAUUGCACAACAGUUGAAGGUCGGUUUCUUCACCGUUUUGGGCCACCGCAUCGAGUUGAACGAACUACGGUUGAUCUACCAGUUUGAUGAGAAACAAUCCGGUGGUCAAAAUUACGAAGCUCACAGCGAUAACGAUGUUCUGGUACUUCUGGACAUGACUCCAAACGAAGAGUUAAUGAAAGAGGGCGUAGCUCGAGAAAUUAUUAAUCGCAUUCAAAAGCUAAAGAAAAAGGCCAAGUUGAUCCCUACUGAUCCAGUUCUGAUUUAUUACACCGUUAGUAAGCCGGGUGAAAUCGAGAGCGUUGCCAAGAGUCACCAGGAAUUCAUCGUCAACACCGUUAAAUCCCCUUUCCUACCAUUUGGACCGGAAGCCGCUUCGAAGCAAGUGCUUAUUGAAGAAUCCCAAGAACUCAAGGGAGUUCAAUUGAACUUGGUUAUCUGCAGUCCGAAAGACCGCCCUUUCCCGGCCAGCAAAUGGAUCAAUCUACAUCUAGAUGAAAAUAUUCCCCCUAGAUAUCAGUCCACUCUAUCCCGAACUGCAACCCUGCUGCUAACCAACGUCAAUGGAAACCUUCUUACCCUCGAACAACUAUCGCAAGAAAUCAACGCUCUAUUCGGAUUAAACGAUCAACGCUACAACAUUCUGACCUCGAAUGGAAAACCACUCACAAAAAUCGAUCCCUCCCUGCACCAGCAAACCCUCUACAUCACCCGAUCCCAGCAGGUUCCGAAAAACUUUGCCCCCUCCAAAGCACCGUACUGUGCCUUCCGAAACGUGGAGUACAAGGGCCGCAAAACGACAGUGCUGGAGGAAAAUCCCGUCGGAAAUGCCCUUAACGUGAAUCAACUGUGCAAGGGUUUGUUUCCCGAUUCGAAGCAGUUGAAGUUGAAUUGAACCGAUCUUUUUUUACUUUGCUUUUAAAAUCGUCACUUGUUCAUUAAUAAUCGCAGUUAAAACUUAGCAUUAACUCUAAACAAAAAUGAAUUAAAAAUAAAACAUUUAAGUUAUCCGGUUUAUGUCCAAGCAA